AUGUCAAUGCGUUUGAUCUGUUGCAUUGGGCGGCAGGCCUCACAUAUGAUAUUAGGUGCCGCGGUGGUUGGCAUCACGGUGCAAGCGAAUUCGUGCAGUCUACUCGUCGGCUCACUGACUUUGAUGGCCAAGCAGCAGCCCGAUGUAGCCUCGCAGCACCGGGGAAGCUUGUGGGCGAUGGACAUGGCUCCGCAAAGCGACCUCGAGCCGCUCACGCUGGAAGACAUACGAAGCCUUCCCAAGCUGGAACUGCAUGCUCACUUGAGCGGCUCGAUUACCCAGCAGAAACUGAUUGAGAUGUUGGAGAGGCGCGGCAAUGGGGCUGCUUUCACGCCUUUCAACUGUAAGGCUGAUCGCUCCAACGCAUUGGCAAAGUGCUUCGACUACUUUGCGAAGGUCGCAAGUGUCAUAACCGACCUGGAUGCCUUGAAGGAAAGCACGCUGCAUGUGCUGGACCACUUUGCUGCAGAAAGAUGCAUCUACCUCGAGCUGCGAACUUCACCCAAGCAGUUCAAGGUCAGCUCUCAAAACGGCUUUGACGGGGACGCAAAGCUGACCAGCAAGCUGCAGUACCUGGAGACAGUCCGCGAUGCGAUCCAGGAAUUCCAUUCCAAGGCUCUGCAGCGGUUUGGGUUCAUCAUGGAGGUGAGAAUACUUCUCAGUGUCGACCGCGGGAAGGUGACGUCCAAGGAAAGUGCACUCGCGCAAAUUGAUGAUAUCCUUGAGAUGCAGAAGGUCCAUCCCGAUCUGGUGGUGGGCAUCGAUGUUUGUGGCAACCCUCAUGCAAACACUGUCAAGCCGUACCUGCUACCGGCCUUGCUUGAGAGAAGCUAUGCCUUCCAGAAGCUCCCGAUCACUUUUCACACUGCCGAGAUUCCUGAUGAUGAAGAGAGCGAGCUGAUCAUAGACAGCAUGCUGAAGCUCAACAUCAGGCGGUUGGGCCAUGUGACGUAUCUUCCAGACAAGUGCCGACGGCGCGUUCUACACGGCAUCUUCGCGGAUGGCGGUGUAGGAAUCGAGAUUUGUCCAACCUCCAAUAUGAUCACCAAAGAGAUUCCAAGCCUGGACGACCAUCAUUUCAUGGACUGGUGGCAAAAGUCUGAUAAGAUCCUGCUCAGUGUGAAUACUGACGACGUCGGUCUCUUCUCCUGCGACCUCUCCUCUGAAAUCUAUGAUCUGGCCACUGCAUUUCGUCUAUCCAGGCAAGACGUGAUAAGCAUCCAGCGCCAGGCCAUCCGGUUCGCUGCGCAACAGGCCAGCUUGCUUUACAUGCGCCUGGGCCAGGAACUGGAGAAGCCUGUGCAUGGGGAAGGAGUGUCAGAUGAGCUAAAGCAGAUCCUGCCCUUUGCGAAGACGCUGAUGGUUUAUACGUUGGGACUGAUGCUCUUUCCGGAGUUGUUGGGCGCCUGUCGUUUAUUACUCUUCGUUCUGAACCCCACCACUUGGAUUGACAUCAAGAGAUUCCGACCAGAAAAGGAAGCAAUGUGGGCUUUUCUAUGGAGCACACCAGUCCUUGUGUCUUGUGCCGCCACAGCAGAAUUGCUCAAGCUGUCCAUUGGCUACGUGGUUCUGAUUGACUCUGUCAGCGUCGUCCUUGUCUGUGACACGGUGCAGGACACCCUUUUCAAUAGCUUGGCCUUGACCUUUCUUGUGGACCUCGACAACAAGCUCUGGGAAGUGGUCAAAAGCGUGUUUGGAAUAGAGUACAAGGAGCAAAUGCAGAACUUGCAGCUCAUGACUGACGAAGAGCAGGAAAAAGAACGCAAGGAAGGCAAAGUCAAGAGGGAGGCAGGGGCUUCGGCCAUGAGCGUGCACUCUGGCCUUUCACCGAUCUGCCGAGGGCUGGGAGGAGGCAGCGCGGUGGAAGCACUCCUCGUGCCGCUGCCCAAGGCCCAAGGCUUGAGAAAGGAGAAGUCUGGCCGAUGUGUGACAGCGGCAGCAAUGCUGAUCGAGGAAAUAGUCUGCCAAGGAGACAUGUGCACCAUUUGGCAUUUUACUGAAGAGGACAGUUUUCUUGGCAUGAUGACUCGCAGAGUCUUGCGAGCUUCGAACCAGACCUGCAACCCAGAGGUGGGUGGCUACUGCAGCGACCAAUUUCGCGCCAUUACGGGCAGGGAUAUGUGGGAUCUCGCGAUGGAGAGGAGCAGAUCUGGAAGUUGCGAGGCUUUACAGGCCACAUUUCUAGUCUACGUCAUUAUAAUGUGUUCGACCUGGCUCACCUGUGCUAAGGCGGCAAAUGCCGGCAUGGUCUGCGUGCUUCUCGUUCCACAAAUUUUCCAGCUGCUGCUCUUCUGUGAAACGGAUAGAAAGGACGAGCAUGACAAGCACACCAGAUGCUUUGGGUUCCUCGGCAUGGAGAUUUCAGGAGUGCAUAGGUUUAUACCCACAGAUGGGGAAGACGAACCCAGCAAGCUCGAGAAG